CUAAGGAACCGAUUGGCAUGGAGCCAGCCAAUGCUGUGCAGCCGCGGCUUGGGCUCCACGUCGGCAUCGGGGCGACCAAGAUGGAGGCGCUGAUCCUGGAACCAUCUCUCUACACAGUGAAAGCCAUUCUGAUUUUAGACAAUGAUGGAGACCGUCUUUUUGCUAAGUAUUAUGAUGACACCUAUCCCACCGUCAAGGAGCAGAAGGCUUUUGAGAAGAAUAUUUUCAGUAAGACCCACCGGACAGAUAGUGAGAUUGCCCUCUUAGAAGGCCUGACUGUUGUUUACAAGAGCAGCAUUGACCUGUAUUUUUAUGUUAUCGGCAGCUCCUAUGAAAAUGAGCUGAUGCUAAUGGCUGUGCUCAACUGCCUCUUUGACUCACUCAGUCAGAUGUUGCGAAAGAAUGUGGAGAAGCGAGCUCUCCUAGAGAACAUGGAAGGCCUUUUCCUGGCAGUGGAUGAAAUUGUGGAUGGGGGGGUGAUUUUGGAGAGUGAUCCCCAGCAAGUGCUACAUAGGGUAGCCGUACGUGGGGAGGAUGUCCCUCUCACAGAACAGACAGUCUCACAGGUACUGCAAUCAGCAAAGGAACAGAUUAAGUGGUCCCUUCUGCGAUGAAGAACCAUGUGGGAUCUCCUCCAUUGACCUGCUGUCUCCAGUUGAACCUCCUGUCUGUUUAUCUUGCACUGACCAAAUUAUAACAUGACCCUCAUUUUUGACAGAUCUCUAGCUAUUUGCAAGUUUCAUUGCUCUCCUACUGAUUAGUGCUGUUGUAUGGGGAAGCACUAAUCAGUGUUAUUGUCACAUACACAUCAUAUUUCAAGGAUAGGUCAAUUCAGUUCAUUUUAGAUGUUAGUCUCCCACCAAUCUCUUUUUCCUCUGUAAUGCAGAAAUACAGUUAAUUGUAAUAUAUUUUGUCCACUUUCUUUCCAGCAUUACCACUAGUCUAGAAGAAAAGCAUACCAACUAAUGUUUUAAAUUUAUUAAUCAAAUUUAUCAACUUUAUAUAGCUGCCAGUCUUACCCAAAAGGACUCUGGGUAGCGCACAACAUUAAAUAAAACAGCCAAAACAGAUAAAAAUCCAAACGUCACAGUAAUAAAUAAACAUAAAAACAAAAAUACCUUGGAUGAAAGAACAAAAAUGGCCCUUUCAGCAAUGGAGUAAUCAGGACAGAUCUGGGAGUCCCAUGCCUGGCAGCAUAAGUAGGGCACCAAUCUAAUUCCAGGCGGAAGGAUGUUCCAUAAGGUGGGCACCACAGCAAAAAAGGUAGAUCUCCUGGAAUCCACCAAACGUAAAUCCCUAACCAACAAUAAUCCCACCCCUUAGCAUGCAUUCUGAGCAAGAUCUAACAGGGCAGGUUGUAAUCAAGGAGAGAUGGUUCCUCAUAUAGCCCAGUCCGAUGCUAAGAAAGGCUUUAAAGCUUAAAAACAGCACACUGAAUUGAAGCUGGAAGCAAACUGGCAACCAAUGCAGCUCUUAGAAUAGAGGUGUAACAUGGACUGCCUAGGAGCACACAUAACGUUCUGCACUGCCACAUUUUGUACAAACUAAAGUUUCUGGAUAAUGUUCAAGAGCAGCUACUAUAUUGACCAAUGCAGAAUAAAGCCUAUGACUUGGAAGCAAUAUUUUUUACUACAUAUUAUACAUGCCCAUCACACUAUUUUAUUUUUGGUUAAGCAGGGUUAUACAAAGUAUAGAAAAAAAAAAGGAGAGAAAUAGUAUGGAAAAUAAAGGAGAACAAAAAUUCAAUCUAAUUUAACUCAACACCAUUGGCUCUUCAUAUUUUUGCCAUCCUUGCUUCCACUACCCUGUAGAAAUUAUGGUAUUCAGUGUCAUCAUGUGUAUUAAUGUGGCCUGCUAUCUUAUUAACUGCAAUAGAAGCAGGAAAUUCCAGGCACCAUUUUCUUACUGAUAACCCUAACUUUCCUCUCGUCACACCCUCACCCCAUUUUUAAUCCGGCUACCUUUGACAACUGGAACAUACAAACUGUAGUGUUACAAUUCUGUUAGAUGGGAUCGGGAUAUAGAAACUUCCAAGCAGAGUUGUGUGUCUUACACAAACAUGAACAAAGCAUGAGAUGACAUUAAGCAUUCAAAUUCCUAAGAAAUACUGUAGGAAAUAUAUUUGUUUCACCCAAAUCACUCAAAUCAAGACGGGGGGUGGGAUUCUGCUUCUUUUUAGUAGGACUCAAGUUUCAUCUUCUAGGGCCAGCUUGCAGAAUGAUGGCCCAGAAGGCUAAAGAGGAUUGCUGAACAGCACUAUAUGAGUUUCAAGAAAACCUAAUGCACUAUGCCUGACUCAUCACAGAGCAUGAACCAACACUAAAAUUAACCCAGUAGGGUUAUCCUGUUUGUGCGUAAGAUGAAGCCUGGUGUCUUUCCCCUAUAAAGUUGGUGGAAUGGCAGUUAAUAAAUUUACAGAAAAUUGUUGCCUGAUUUUAAUAUUAACUGCAUGGAGUAACCUGAUUAGUUAAGUCAUACUUGCCCAGGCUCCCCAUCUGCAAAAUGUGAAAAAUAUUUACCAUAAAUAGUUCUGUAAAAAUGUGUAUUCAUUCCUCAAUUUUCUUAAUUUUUGUAUAUCUUUGCUAGCAAAUGUUAUCAGAGCUUCAUGUGGGCUCUGUUGAUAUAUAAAGAUAACCAA